AUGAAUAGCUUCAGUGUAGCAUUUAAUAUAUGUAUAGUUGAAAAGCUAAUUUCUAGUAAUCAACAUGAUGUAUCGUAUAUUGAGGACCCCGGCGCGUUCCCGGCGGUGCUGAUCGCGCAGGAGGCGCCGGGUCCGGUCCAACGUGCGUGCAACCCUGUGCAGUGCGCGCGCUUGUGUCACUCGUUGGGCUUCAGGUUGGUUUGCUGCACUAUCAGAGUGUGUGCUUGUGCUAGA